AUUUCAAAGUAAUCAACUCUCAGCUGGAUAUAGUACUAUAUAUAGCACAUCCGGCGUUAUAUACUCAUAUAUACCAAAAUGGGCGACACCGCGAACAAAACGGAUGACAUGAAGAGCACCUCGCUUGACGAGUUCAAGCUGGAGGCCAUGCGUUCCAUGGGUUGGACCGUGGAGGCCGAUAUACCCAUGGCGAAUGCCCAGAAUCUGGCCAUCCUGCAGGAGAUGGUUGGCAUGCGGGCAGAGAAAUUCAAUCUGCAGCAGCGCAUCGGCGAGCUGGAUGAGCGCGACAAGACCAUCGAGCGGCACAAGCGAAACAUUGAGGCCACGCUCCAGCAGAACAUCACAUUUUUCAAUUCGGUGAAGAACGAUGUGCUGAAGGAGGCGCAUCGCACGCAGCUGGUGAUAUUGGAGCGCAACAAGCUGAAGGAGGACUUGCGCAAGAACGAAAAAGAGCUGUCGGAGUACACGGAAUACGCGGAGCACACAUUACGUAAAAUUACGAAAAACAAGCGCGAAAUCGAUGAUCUGACCAAGCGCAUCAAGAAGGCAAAGUCGAGCCUGGUCGAGUGGGCCGAUGCCAUGGAGGAUGGCAACAAAGGCUACCAGCUGAUCGAUAAAUACUACCAGGAUGAUCAGCAGAGGGCAAAGGAGCUGAACACGCGCCGCCAGUUACUACAGGCGGACAUCGAGAAGCGUCGCAAUGCGAUCGUCCUGCUCUACGAUGAGCAGAACACGCUGGAAAAGAAUCUGGAGCGUACGUCCAGCUUGUAUAGGGAAGCGCAUCAGGAGCGACGCCAGAUGGUGGACACAUGGAAGCAGGCGGUCAAUCAGAUGACACAGCGCGAAAUGGAAAUACAGAACGGUGAGACGGAGUGCGUCAGGCUGAUGGAGAAGGCGGACGCGAUGGCCAAAGCCUAUUUCGUUGCCAACGAGCAACUGAACGACGUUCAGGAGAAUAAUCGGCUGGUUGAGCGAAGCAUCGAGAUAUUGAACACAGAGACAUCCGAUGCCAAGAAUGAAAUUCAGCGCCUGAUCGACUCUGCGCUGCUGAAGGAGCGCGAGAUCGUUUCGUUGCGCCACGAACUGGAGAAUCUGUCGAACAUGGUGCACGCCCAGCGUCUGGACAAUCGCAAGCUGCUCAAGCAACGUGAUGACAAGCUGGCAGAGAUUGAGAACUUCGCCACGACGCUGAAGAAAAUUGAGGAUCGCCUGAAGGCGAUCGAGAACAAGCACACCGAUGCCAAUCAGCGACUGCAAAUACUGGACGAGAUGAUGGAGGGCGAGGAGGAGGCGUUCAAAUUGCUCAACAAGGAGCAGCAACGCUGCAAUGAUCUGCUCUUCCGCACCCAGCGCCAGAUUGCCGAGCUGAAGGAUGAGGAGAAGACCAUCAUAGUGCAAAAUGGAUCACUCCAGUCCACGCUGCUGGCCGUCACUCGCAGCCAGCGGCAGGUGGAGAUUGAGAUAAAGCGCCAGACGGAAAUACACUACGACAUGUCCUUCAAGUACUUGCAGUGCGAGCGUAAGCUAGCCGAUUUGCGAGGCAAAAACGCGGAUCCGGAGACGGAAGCGCGCAAUGCUCAGAUUCUCACUGAUCUGGAGCAGUAUCUGAGCAAGCUGCAACGUCGUCUGGCCUCCACUGAGGCGCAGAACAAAAAGCUCAACUAUAGCAUGAACGCUUUGGUUGGGGUCUACGACAGUGAUGCCAAGGAUCUGGAGGUGGUCAAGUUUAAGAUCAAGGAGGCGCAGGUCUACUGCGAGGGCACCAUCAAACGUCUGCGCAUGAAUCGCUACGAAAAUUCUGAGUUCGUGGUGGAGCUAAGUCUGCUCAAGAUGCGCUGCUGCGACAUUCAGAGCGUGAUCGAUAACUGUGAGAAGGGCACCUACAGUCUGAAUCAGCAUCGCCUGGCCUUCCAGCGCAUCAUCAAGGAUCGCUUUGUGGAGCUGCGCAGUCAGCAGGAUAUCUUACUGCUGAAACGAAAGCAUCUCAACGAGGAGCUGAGCACGCUUCGCGCCGAUCUCGGCGAACGCAAGAAACACAUCAACGCGCUGCGCGCCCGCUUCGAGCUGACCUCCGCGCUGCUGGGCGUCAACGAGGAUGGCACCAUAAUCACGGCCACUCAGCUGAAAGUGGAAAAUGCCCAGGAGCGUCAGCUGCUCGCCGACGAGGGCGAUGCUCUUAAUAAAAAGGUGCUCAAGGCCGAGAAGGAGGUGAUCGGUCUGGAGAAUACGCUGCGCCAAUUUGAUAAGUCCAAUGACAACUACCGCAAGAAUCUAAGAACCUACGAAGAUAAUUCAAAGGAUGAACAGCGCGCCGAGGAGGAGCUACAGAAAGUGCAGGAGAGCUACUGCAUGGAGCUCAAGAAGCUGAAGAUGUUGCGCUGCAAGGCGGAGGCUUACGAAAAUGAAAUCGAGCAGCAAAACCAGGAGCUGGAGCGCCUAAUGCUGGAUAUCGAAGCCGAAAAGCAGAAGUGCUUGGACGAUACGGAAACGUUGCAAAAACUAAAGAAGGAACUGCAGGAGCAGAACUCCAAAAUUGACCGAGCCAAUCGCGAGAUACAAUUUCUGCUCAAGGAAAUCAAACAGAAGGCCAUAAGUGCGGACUUUCUGUCGCUAUUCGAACGCGAUCUCAAUCUGCAGGAGUUGGAGAACCGGAACAGAAAGGUGCUAAAUCUGCUGUGCGACAUGACCAAUAGCGAUCAGGAUGGUGCCGAAAUAAUAGCCUAUAUGCUGGACAAGGGCAUUAAGCUGCCGCAGCACUUGAAGCCCGCGCGCAGUCGCGUGUCCUCCAGGACCACGUCGUACUCCUCGCUGGACUGCUACUCAGUCAAAGGUUACAGCGCACGCUCCUCCGCCUCCGAGUUGAGCUUGGGCAAGGAGGAGCCCAACUCGGCGCACAUUAGCGUCGUCUCCCUGGACUUUCCGGCUAAAAAGAAGAAAUGAUUCGCUGCAAUUUUUUCCAAUUCUCUUUUCCUUUUACCGUUACUAUUUCCUCCACUCACGUGCUUUGGCCAAUGAACUGUUUACAAAUCGGACAGCCAAAGAGAAACACGAAUAGGAAAACACGAAGAGCCAUAAAAAAAGCUCACAACAAAGCGCUGACCAAAAAUCAACAAGCAGCCAGAGAGCAGCACAUAUAUAUAUACUAUAUCUGUAGUAUAUAGCAAUUGAUUAUAAAUAGAGUUUAAUUCUACACAGCUACCGAAUACCCUUGACUGAGAGCUUUUUGCGCACGAGCCGGCUACGAGCAUACUCUUAACUUGUCUCUAAACCUUUUAGAACUGGGCGCCCAGUUUAAAUAAUAUUACUAAGGUAACUCAACUAAUUAAAUGUUCAGCAAGCAA